UGGGGCCCCCGGGCAAUAGGGGAUCAUGGGGCCCCUGUGUCCUUGCCCAAACUCAAAAAAUCCUAUGAAAAAGGUACCAGGGGCAUCUCAUGGGGCCCCCUACUGACCCGAAACCAAAACAGCAAGGUUUUGCAUUCAGGGCUGGUUCACACUAAGAAACACAGUCCAGAUCAGGGAUGGACUGACAACUCAUGGGGCCCCCAGGCAAUAGGGGAUCAUGGGGCCCCUGUGUCCUUGCCCAAACUCAAAAAAGCCUAUGAAAAAGGUACCAGGGGCAUCUCAUGGGGCCCCCUACUAACCCCGGGCCCUCAGGCAGUGCCCGAGUUUCCAAAUGGUCAGUUUCCCUGGUCCAGAUGCAUUCCGGAUGCGUUU